AAUGUCUUCGUUAAAAAUUGAAUGGCCUAAAUCGGACAUAAAAUCAGCUUCUUGGAAUGAGUAUGAAGAAUAUAGCAAGAAUUUUGAGACUAUAUCUGUGCCAUUUCUUAAAAAUCGUCAUGAUAUCCGAAACGAGUCUGAAGCAGUAAAGAAAAUGUCUGAGAACAAUAGUAAACUCCCUGAAACUGAAAAAACUGACCAUCCUUGGUCUGAGUCUUUAAAGACUCAACCCCAAAAACCAAAUAAACGAAAAAAAAGGAAAAGACCCUUACAAGAAACUUUUAACUUUAAGCCAUACAACUUUGAUUAUGUUUAUCCUAAAAAAUCUUGCCUUUCAACAUCUCAACAUGCUGAAUUUGUCAAUUUAUCCAUUAAGUUCAAGUCAAUGUUGGAAGAUAAACUAAAGCCUUCAGUAAAAGAUCUAACAGUAUAUACGUUUCUUAAAUCGAAAAUUGUUUCUGAACAAAAUGAAUUUCAAAAUUGGCUGCGCAAUAUGGCGAAGAGACUAUGUAGAGAAGAAUAUGGAUUCGUUAAACAAAGUGCAAGGAAAUUUUUAAGGAGAAAAUAUGACAUGCUUAGAUCGUAUGUUAGUCUUUAUCCACGCUUCUAUGAAGAAAUUCAUCAUAUACCUUUAAAAUCAGACUGUGAAGAUCAAUCAUUUCGCCUUCACUUGGUGCAGAAUCUGCUUGAAAUAGGUAAAAUGAGGGAUGUUAUAUUGCCAUCAAGUUUUAAACAACCUCGCCUCCCCACGUAUGGUACUCGUUUAUUAACUCUAAGAAAUAGUAAACGACAAAAUCAUCCUAUUAUAAGCCAAGAUGCUAAUGCUGAAAAAUUAGCUGAAAGUCAAAAAGUUGAUAUAGUCUUAUCGUCAUCAGCUUUAACAUGCUUAAUAGAUAAUAAUGUUCAUAAAAAUUAUCCGAGGGGUUGGCAAAUUUGUUUUACUGUUAGGAGAAUGAAAAAUGGAAAAAAAACUCUCUUUAUUAAUAAACCUUUGCUUCCUUUAACAAUGUCAUCAAGAGAGAAGAAUCACGCUUUUCACAAAGAAUCUCUUAAGGCAUUUUUAUUAAAAUAUAGCGAUUUAAGCAUUCGAUCUAAGGUUGACAAAAAAAAUCUAGAAAAAGAUAAAGACAUUAAUGAAAAGGAUAAAGAUGGAGAUAUAUUUGAAAAUAACUAUGUAAGCGAUGAAGAUAUAUUUGGGGUAGGAGAACGUAUUAAGUACCCUACAGGUUGUGGUCGAAGUAAAAGAGGAAAAAGAGAAUCUAAAGAAUCUCAGAAGUCAAUAGAAAUUACAGACAGUUCAGGAGACGAUUCUAAGGAUGAUAGUAAAACAAAAUCAACGUCACCUUUAAAGGCUUCUAUUAAACAAGAUCUAACAGCUGGUGAUAAAACUUCAGAGUCUAGUAAGGGAAUGUGUCUACGCAAUCGCUCAAUUACACCCAGACCACAAGAACCCGAUGCAAAAGCAUUCAAAAAGCGCCCUUCAACAAAAAAGCAAGCAGAAGUAAAGCCCAAAGAGAGUCCGUCAAGUUCAAACGACGAUUUAACGAUGGACCUAUUCGGGGAUACCAGCGACAAUAAAGGAGAUGAGAAGUUUUCCAAUUUGGACGAUAAAGCAAAGAAAAACCUGUUUGGAGAAAGUUCGGAGGAAGAUUCUAUUUCUAGCCCUUCAAAAGGCAUGCGACUUCGGAAUAGAUCCAUAUCUGGAGUGUCAAACGAAUCUCCCAAAAAACAACCCGUUAUAAACCCAACAACAAAGGAUUCUCAAUUACUAUGCUCAAGUCAGGAUUCAAGCCCAAAAAUGAAUGAAAGCGAAGGAUCAUCUCUAAAGAAUUUAGUUGUAGCUGAAGAAUCAAGUUCAGACGAAUGGAGUGAAAGUGGCGAUGAUGGAAGUGACAACGAAGAGGUUGACGUCUCUAGUUCUUUCCUCUACAACUCUUCUACUGGUAACAUGGGUAAUUAUUAUAGUCUGGAGACAAUUCUUAAGCAGCAAAAUGAAGCAUUAUCAACGAAGGCAGAAACUGAUUUAAAAGAGACAAAAGUUCCUGAGGAUCCUAAGAGUCAAGAACCACCAAAAACCUAUACAACAAAGGAAAUUGAAGAUAAUUUUCAAAAAUAUAAAGAGGAUUUUGUUUCCUAUAAGUUAUGGAAAUUAGGCGAUUUAGAUUUAAUUGUAAGAAACAAUGUUCAUGGAGCAUUUAAAGGUCAGAAUAGGCAUUUAACAAAGUUACAUAUAAUGCCAAAAUUGGAAUACCAGAGUCAAUUCGGCUUUGAACAAGAAGGCUAUAGUGAAAUGUGCCGGACCUGGCUUGCUUCUUUUCUUAGGAAUGGAGCCACAGUAUUAAAAGCUAAUAUCACUCCUUUUUACUCAAGAGUUCUCAAUUGGAAACCAUGUAAUUUGCAAAAUUGGCGACCUGAACAGUCUUACGAACCAAGUUUCAAUCCCGAAAAAGCAACUACUAACUUAUAUAAAAUACUUAAAUAUCUCGUUGAUAUGGUAGAGGAAGGCCAUUAUCUAUUACAUCAUGAUAGCGCAGCCGAUUACGUUAAACUGUUAAGGAGCACUGAUGAGAGGGGAGCAUACGAUUUACAUGAGGCACAUAUUCCAGAGCAGAUAGCUAUAGAUCGGCCAGAGAUUGAUUGGAGGCCAAUAGACACUACACAGAUUUUAGAGCAACACGUAAACGGCAGACGUAUUCCGGCAACUUUUGAACCUUAUGACGCUAAGAAUCAGCCAAAGAGACGUAAGACAAAAAAGAAACAUAAAAAGAAAUACUUCUGA